AUGGCAGAUUCCAUUACGCUGAACAAUGGACAUCGAAUCCCACAAGUAGCUCUUGGAACAUCAAGAAUUUCUGCAGAGAAAUUAGAUGUUUCUAUCAAACUAGCACUUGAUAUGGGAUACCGCCACAUAGAUACUGCUUUUCACUAUGUAAACGAAGGAGCCAUUGGGAAAGCACUCCAGGAAUAUUUUGAAACCACCAACCUGAAGGGGGAGGAAGUGUUCAUCACCACAAAGUUGUUACCCCAUUUCAUGACAGAGAGUGCUGUAGGGCCGGCGCUAGACGAAAGCCUGAGGAGGUUAAGACUGGAUCAUGUUGAUCUCUUUCUCAUCCACGGCCCGUAG